AUGGAGUUAAAAGGUGUAAGUCGUCAGACAGUUAACCGUGCCAAGAUUAUCGUUACUGCAUUGUUGACGAUAUCCGGCAUUACCGAAGCGGUAUCAAUUCCGCCCCCAAGCGGCCCAUACCAGGUUGGCUUUCGCAAAUAUACCAUCGAACACUACAACGACCACGACCCCGUGGCGCCGAAUAACGUGAGCACGGCGUUCUUGGCGACCGUCUUCUACCCCACGCUCCAGAAGCCCGAAGGCCCUCCGAAGCCGUAUUUAAACCCCGAGACGGCAGCAUUCUUUGAACUGAACUGGCACUAUUCAAACGGGACCCUUUCGUCGAUUACUUCGACAGUGCAGGAAAACGCGACGUUUUUAGAGCCAGAAAGUUUAGCUGAUGGAUCGCUACACUUGCCAACCAUUCUAUUUGGUCCGGGAGGCGGCGGUCCCCCGGUCGAAGGUAAUACGAUUCUACUCUCCGAGCUUGCGUCGUACGGUUAUGCUAUAAUCGGCAUAGACCACCCAUUCGAGCAGCCCUUCAUCCGAUAUCCGAACGGAACAGGCGUUACGGGGAUCGAUAUUGAUAAUCUCGAUAUAGAUUACGUAGACAUCUACAACAUGCGCCUCGAGGACAAUACCGUGUUCUUAGACCGCCAUCUCCCCGAGUUGGUGCGAAAGUUAAAACUGCCACUCAGUACGACCAAACUUGGUGCCUUCGGGUACUCGCUAGGCGGGGCAGCAGCUCUGGGAUCACUCCAAAGUCAUGAUCAAAUCGUCUCUGGACUGAAUAUGGACGGCACUGUUAUCGGGAGCCUAGCAUCGAAUAGCAGCGCUGCUGACGUGCGGAAGCCAGCGUUCAUGAUGGGUAGUGAAGGCCACGGGGACGUUGGAUCAGGUGAUAACUCUUGGAUCACAUUCCCACAAUGGCAGACAGGCUGGCAGCGGAAGAUCAAUAUCAACGGAACGACACACCAUGACUUCUUCGAUGAUACUUUCUGGAAAACACUCGAGGUCGGUGCAGAUCCUCACGCGGGUCCAAUUGACGGCCUCGAGCAGGUUAGGGUCUUGAAUGCUUAUGUUAAGGCUUUCUUUGACUUUACCUUGCUGGGCAAGAAAUCCCCCAUCUUAGAUGGCCCCUCGCCUGAAUUCCCGGAGGUGAUCUUCUCUAAUGUGACCGGGCCCCGAUAG